AUGAUUACAAUAUAGUACCAAUUUCUAGUUAUAGUAACAGUCACAUAAAUUGUAUACUUGUAUAUCCUUUAAUUCCUUCUGUAUACAUUUAUACACCUGCAGACUUAUAUUUACAGAUGCACUUCAGACAGUGCAAUUUUUGCAAUCUUUCCUGAAAAAGAGGAGAAAAAAAUGUAUCUUUAGGAUGACUUACCUCUGGACUAAGAAAGCAUUCAGUUCUGCUUUUACUUACUCAGAACCACAGAGCAUUGAUAGCUCUAUAUCUAGUGUUAACCUCAUCCAGGCUUGUUUAGAAAGGAUAAGAAAUAAAUACCCAGUAGCUUGUUGAUAGUCCUGUCUGUGUACCAGAAGUUAUUUUGAACAGGCUUGCAUAACAACAAAUAUACAACUGUAACUGCAUAAUCAUAUUGCACAAGCACUGUUUGUAACGAGAUCUUUGGGAUAGUGGGGGGUGUAUUCACAUGGGACUUUGUUUGUGCUAUACUGAGAACAUUUAUAAAACUAUAGCAACAGAACACAAUAUUGUACUGAAAGCACAAUUACUUUCACUGGUUAUGUGUUUUUAAAGUGUGCAUUUUAUUUUUUUAUUUUUUUUUUUUAAUUUAGUCGUCGCCAAUUAUUUUUACCCCGGUUUUCACCCCAAUUUAGCAUGCCCAAUUAUUAUCUGUAUCCCCGGCUCACCGCUCGCAACCCCCCCGCCGACUCAGGAAACGGAGGCUGAAACACGCGUCCUCUGAAACGUGCUCCUUCCAAGCCGUCAUUUUUCGCACUGCAGAUCCACAGCAAUGCUACCAGACCUAUAGUGCCGGAGGACAACACAGAUCUGGCGGCUCCGCUGCAGAGCCACAGGCGCCCUAUCGGCCACAGGGGUCGCUGAUGCGCGGUGAGCCGUGGAUUCCCCUGCCGACCUAAGCCCUCCCUACCCGGGCAGCGCUCAGCCAAUUGUGCGCCGCCCCCUAGGAACUCUCGGUCACGGUCAGCUGUGACAUAGCCUGGAUUCGAACCAGCGAUCUCCAGGCUAUAGGGCACAUCCUGCGAGGAGCGCCUUUACUGGAUGCGCCACUCGGGAGCCCUAAAGUGUGCAUUUUGGUUUUGUGAUAACUUAAGUUCUACUAAGUUUAAAUUGAGUUUAUUGUAACAUAGGCCAGGUUGUAAGUCGCCCUGGAUAAUUGUAAGUUUCCCUGGAUAAGGGUGUCUGCUAAGAAAUAAAUAAUAAUAAUAAUAAUAAUAAUAAUAAUAAUAAUAAUAAUAAUAAUAAUAGAUCAUAUAGAUAGACAGGGCCAGUGAUGUAUUAUCAAAACAAAUAUCAAUUCCAUUUAUUUAUUGGAAUAAUUUUUGUUUAGUUUUUGAAAUAAAUCAAACCAUAUAUUAAAAGAAAAAUAAAUACGAAUUGGAGAGAGAAGAACAAGUGCCAGUCAUCAGUUGUAGGAAAUUAUUUCAGCCUCCCACCAUGGAAAGUACUGAAAAUAAAUACCUCAAAACAUUGCUCCCAGAGUGAUGUUUACAGAGCAGCUGAUUGUAUAUCUUAUUGGUGUGGCUGUCUCACAUGUUAUGAUGAAACCAGCAAGUUGAACAGGCUGUCCCUGUCACAGUGCAGUGUACAUUUGUUGAAUUAAGAAGAGCUAGCCCUUACUCAAUAGCCCUGCUGUUGUGGGGAGGGGGUGUCUGGGUCUUGCUCAUACUUGCAUGUGACAGCCAGGACAUGAUUUCUCAGAAUCCAGGCUCACAAACAGGCCCAGAGGAAUGGCAGGGGAUCGUAUGACAGUGAGCAUCAGGAACGAUAUAAAUAGAGGCUUACAGCCAAGUGUCAGGCAGAUCAAAAUAACCCUCGACACAGACACAAGCUAAUUCACAGCUACUGAAGCAGAUUCGGAACCUGUCUGAGAAGGGGAAAACAAACUGCUGUUGAAAAGAGGGAAAAAAAAGGAGUUGGGCACAGCAUUUUAGUAUUUAGGUGAGCAGCAAAUCUUGGUCAACAAACCUUAAAAUGGAUUUCAAAACCAGUAAUAUUAUCAGACCUUCAAGUCCUAUGGAGAACUUAGAGAAGCAGCUGAGCUGCCCUAUUUGCUUAGAAAUGUUCAGCAAGCCGGUGGUUAUCUUACCUUGCCAGCACAACUUAUGCAGGAGCUGUGCCAACGACCUCUACGAAGCUCACAACUCUUAUCGCUACUCCGGUGGGAUAUUCCGCUGCCCCACCUGCCGAUUUGAGGUGGUCAUGGACCGCCAUGGGGUUCACGGGCUGCAGAGGAACCUGCUGGUGGAGAACAUCAUUGACCUCUACAAGCAGCAGCUGGUGAGCAACACCAGCCCACUCCUGAAGAGUAAGGAGAGUGAUGAGCCCACGUGCGAAGAGCAUGAGGAAGAGAAGAUCAACAUCUACUGCAUUACCUGUCAGGUCCCCACUUGUUCCAUGUGCAAAGUGUUUGGGGUACACAAGGACUGCGAGGUGUCCACUCUGCAGAACAUCUAUCAGACUAAGAAGACAGAGCUCAGCAAUUGCAUUGACAUGCUGGUCACCGGAAACAGUUAUGUCCAGGCAGUUAUGAAUCAACUUGAAGAUGUAUGCAAGACCAUCACAGAGAACAGCCAGUCGCGCAAGCAGUCCCUGGCGGAGAAAUUUGACAUGCUCUAUGCCAUCCUAGAAGAGAAAAAAGCGGAGCUGCUGAACAAGAUCAGCCAAGAGCAGGAGGAGAAGACGGGCUAUGUGCGCACUCUGGUCCAGCAGUACAAGGACCAGCUGCAGGGAAACUCCCAGCUGAUGGAGACAGCUAUCCAAACCAUGGACCAGCCCGGCGUGGCCGAAUUCCUGAUGAACAGCAAAGAUCUAAUUACAAAGACAAGAGAUGCUGCAAAACUCUCCGUGGUUCAGAAGACUGAGCCAGGUUUUGAGAAUAUGGAUCACUUCACCCUCAUUACAGAGCAUGUCGAGGCCAUUCUCACCAAUAUGGAUUUCGGAACAGAGGAUGUUGAGGAGCUUGAAGAGGCAGAAGAGGAGGUGGUGGAGGAGGAGGAGGAGGAGGAGGAGGAGGAGGAGGAGGAGGAAUAAUAAUGCAUGGACAGUUAGCAGUAAGGGAAUGCCUACAGUGCGGUUAAGAAGAGUGGCCUGAUUGAGGAUGACCGAAACAAAUCGAGAAGGAAAAGGUGUUGGGGGUCAACAAACAACUCAGGAUUUUACUGUCUGCAAAGAAUAAUGUAAGACAUUAAACUGAAAGGGGGUGGGGGCUGUGAAACUCAAAGUAAAACCAUGAUUUAUUUUCUCCCUCUGAAGGAUGUAAAACUUUAUGCUGCUACAAAAUGAACCAUUUUGCACCUUUUUUAUAUUUUUGUAUUUGAUUCAAUGGGACUUUUUUUAAAAUCUAAACAUUUGUCAUACUGUAAGUUUGUAUUCUAACAUGGUACACUUGUAUUAGUUUACAUAUUUUAAAGUUUUUUUUUUUUCAUUG